ACGAAUACCCGGAUACCAGUAUCUACACCACGGUAAUUCUAGUGUUAAUCGAACCAUGAGAUGUGAAAAAUCCACCGGAAUCGGUGGUUCAAAGGUGCGGAGAAAAUGGGUGGUCCGAAAAGUACAGAGUCAACGCGCCUGCGACACGAUAACUACGUGGUUCAUCGAGCAGAGUAAGCGCGCGAACCAAAGAAUUUGCAAGUCAUUCGCGUCAUCUACGAUCACGAGUGCUGUUUCACGGUCGAACUUUCGUUUGUGUCUGUUUCUACGGCGCGGUUUCUGCUGCUGCUGCUACUGCUCGGGUUGCAAAAUUUUCAAUAGUACGGUUGUUCGAGGGUGAUGCUCGACGCGACACUGUUGACACCGAGUAUUACCGAUUGCAGUCGUGUUAAUUAUCGCGUGUCCUCUCUCGGCGUCCGACGGCUUUUACUACAUACUGUAUUCUGUUUUUGAUUCAAUUAUACAGAAAUGUGUGUCGACUAUGGGUGGUAGCAAACAGUUAUCGACUGGUUUUCGAUGAGCUAACCCUAGACACGCUACGCGCAUGACAAUUUCUCAAAAAGAAAGGAUACAUACACAAGUGUCCGUAGGAGUGUGCAGUGACUGGAAAAAACGCUGUUUUUAAUGUUUGUCCCGAAACUCGGACGAAAGAAACACUGCACCGUGUGCAGCAACCGUUUGUAGAUGUUUCUCGGAUUGAACGCGUGCGCGAACACUGUCUCCAGCAACAGCAACCACAUCGCACUCGCUAAGCUGCGCUAAGCCGAGCUUAAGAGUGCAUUCGCCUAAUUCUCGCCUAAGUUAUAGUGCAGCAUCGAUGAAUUAAUCGUCGUAUUAUGACCGUUCGGCUGCAUCCACUUCCCCCCUCUUGAUCUUCAGUACGUCAAGAAAAUUCACACGGGCAACACGAGUUUCCUUAAUUAUUCUCGUAUCUGUCUGCCGUCGGAGGGCCUGUCUUGGCUUCUUAGUCAUUCAUUUUAUUUUAAUGGAUGAAGUCAAGAGAGAUUGUUUGAAUAGGAAGGAAGCUCGAAGUAGCUUCCACUAUCAGACCCUUGGAACCAGUUUGCCAUUCAUGGCAUCCGAUGAUAAAGAUCUGGAGGGUAUGGAUAAGCAUGAAGACCUCGGUGACAUGACAUUUCACAUGACCAGUUACAUCAAGGAUGCCAUGAAGAUGAUGUUCAUCAUGCGUACUCAUCACAUGCUCACCGAUGUUGUACUGGAAGUGGGUUCAGAACUGUUUCACGCACAUAAAGUUAUUUUAGCAGCUGCCAGUCCAUAUUUUAAGGCAAUGUUUACAGGAGGCUUAAAAGAAUCUGAAAUGAACAGGGUAAAACUUCAAGGUGUCUGUCCAACUGCAAUGGCACGUCUAAUGUUUUUUAUGUACACCGGUCAGAUAAGGGUCACAGAGGUCACAGUGUGUUCACUUUUGUCAGCAGCCACUAUGUUCCAGGUUAGUAAUGUUAUAGAGGCCUGUUGUGCUUUUCUGGAAAAACAGUUAGAUCCAACAAACGCGAUUGGAAUCGCGAAUUUUGCCGAACAACAUAAUUGUCAAAGUUUACAUCAGAAAGCGAAUCAAUUUAUUGUUCAACAUUUUAGUCAAAUAUGUCAGGAAGAGGAGUUUCUUCAAUUAUCGGCAAUACAAUUGAUAGCCUUAGUGAGAAAGGACGAGCUGAAUGUACAGGAGGAGAGAGAAGUGUACAAUGCUGUAUUGAAAUGGGUAAAGUACAACGAAGAGGCCAGAGGAAACAAGAUGGAGCAUAUACUGCAUGCUGUGAGGUGUCAGUACCUCACCCCAAACUUUCUGCGGGAGCAAAUGAAGAAUUGUGACGUAUUAAAAAAAGUACCUGCAUGCAAAGAGUACCUUGCACAAAUAUUUAAAGACUUGACCCUGCACAAGAAACCGAUCGUCAAAGAGAGAACUCCGAAUACUCGAAGAGUAAUAUACAUCGCCGGUGGUUUCUUGAAACAUUCGUUGGAUGUUUUGGAAGGAUAUAAUGCAGACGAGAAGACAUGGAGUCAACACGCGAAACUAGUCGUUCCUAGAUCUGGUUUAGGUGGAGCGUUUCUGAAGGGCAUGUUUUACGCUGUUGGUGGAAGAAACAAUUCGCCGGAGAGUAGAUACGAUAGUGAUUGGGUUGACCGAUACAAUCCAGUUACAGAUCAAUGGAGAGCAUGUAGUCCAAUGUCUGUGCCACGAAACCGUGUAGGAGUCGCUGUGAUGGAUGGAUUGUUAUAUGCUGUGGGAGGUAGCGCGGGUGCAGAAUAUCAUAGUAGCGUCGAAUGUUAUGAUCCUGAUUUGGAUGCGUGGAAUAACGUGAAAUCAAUGCACAUCAAAAGAUUAGGGGUCGGAGCAGCGGUGGUCAAUAGAUUACUCUAUGCAAUCGGUGGUUUCGAUGGAACGAAUCGACUAAGCUCUGUAGAAUGUUAUCAUCCUGAAAACGAUGAAUGGACAAUGGUAUCGCCAAUGAAAUGCAGCCGGUCAGGGGCUGGAGUAGCUAGUCUUGGGCAAUUUAUAUACGUUGUAGGUGGAUACGAUGGAACUAGACAAUUAAAUUCUGUCGAAAGAUACGACACAGAGAAAGAUAUGUGGGAGUUUGUUAGUAGCGUCACUAUUGCCCGUAGUGCGCUCAGUGUCACGGUAUUAGACGGAAAAUUAUACGCAAUGGGAGGAUAUGAUGGGGAACACUUUUUAAGCAUUGUAGAAAUUUACAAUCCUGGGGAGGACGUAUGGGAGCAAGGAGAACCUAUGACUUCAGGAAGAUCGGGUCAUGCUAGCGCGGUGUCCUAUCAUCAAUGUCCUAUACACUGUGAUCACUUAGAUCACGCUAUAGCAUUAGAGAAACCACCAUCGUGAUACAUGUAGUUAUAGGAAAGAAAUUUAUAGCCAAGGAACAUUCAUAUGAGAGCACAAAGAAGAAAUAAGCAGAAAAAAAGAAUGUCGGAUCGAAAUUUUGAAGCAGUAAAAGAAUCAACUACUUCUUUGUUACCAUAGACUGACUGUUUCCAAUGAAUCAAACGUGUCUAGUUCCUGAGAUCGGAAAUCGAUGAUCUCGCAGAAUUUUUCGAAUCUAAUUGUUAAUUGUUACAACUAUGAUUUUAUGCUUCGAAGGACCAAUGAUUAACUUCCAAUAAAAAUAGGAUUUAGUGCAAUGUUUUUGACACAAAAUAAUGUAAAGACCUAACGAUGUAAAUAUAUUUGUAUAGCGUUGUUAUUUUUGAGAAAUUUUUAUAGAAUUUUCUUAUUUGAAUAUCACUGUAUAUUUGUAACAUACUGCUAAAAUAAUAUUUGAAAUAUAUUAUAUAUGCCGAUGAAACUUUUAAAAAAUA